AUGAGUGAAAAUAGAGAGAAUUUUGAUCUUUCCAUGCACCCGAAUGGGUUUUCAAGGGAUAUGUUGCAUAAAUUCAUGAACGGAAAACGUUUUAUGAAUGAAGAAGAAGAGGAGGAUGAAAAUGAAGAAAUUGAGUUGAGUUUGGGACUAUCUAUGAAUGGAAGAUUUGGUGUGGACCCGAAAAGGGCAGCGAAAAAAUUGAAACAUUCUUCUUCAAUUUCAAAUUUGGUUUUCAGGGUGGAUGCUGGUGGUGUUAGUGGUUUUGGUGAGGGUGGGCGGCAAGCGGUGGGGGUGUCGGUUGACUUGUACGAGCCGCUGAUGAGGACGCGUUCGCUGCCGGUCGAGGCGGAGGAGGAGCUGAAGAAGAGGAAGGAGUUGCAGUCAAUGAGACGGAUGGAGGCGAAAAAGAGAUUGGAGAAGCUGAAAAAUGGACGACUGGUGAAAGAAAAAGUUGAUAUGGAGGAAAAUUCUUGUGGAGAUAAUAAUAAUUGUGAAAUUAAUGUUAAUCGAAAUGGGAAUGAGACGCCAUUAUCGCAAGGAUCAAUUGGAUCAUAUGGAAGUGGUUCUUCAGGGAUAACAGAUUUUCAAAAUCCACAUUUAGAGAUCUCUGUAGAAGAAGUCGGAAUAGGAAAGGAUAAAGUAGAUAUAGUUGAGUUAAAUCUUUCGAGCUGUCAACUAUGUGCAGCUCAGAAAGACGGUGUAAAACAAAGCAUUAAGGCGAAGAGCCCUCCCAGCGUCCAAUCUUUGCCAGCGCAGAUUGAGCACAAACCCGUCCAAGCUGCUGAGAAGGAAGCUAAUGAAAUACUUAAGAAUGUCAUGCUCGAUAUGCCGCGUGUAUCCACAAAGGGUGACGGCCCAAAUGGUAAAAAGAUCGAAGGAUUCUUAUACCAAUACAAGAAGGGAGAGGAGGUGAAGAUAGUAUGUGUUUGUCAUGGCAGGUUUCUCUCGCCGGCGGAAUUUGUAAAGCAUGCCGGAGGUGCUGACGUGCCACAUCCGUUGAAACACAUAGUUGUUAACCAUGUCUAG